AUGGAGAAUCUUUAUGGCUACCAGUCGCACACUUCUACCUUCCCGUGCCAGAAGGAGCAGAGAAGGUAUAUCGAAGACCUGGGAAAUGUUAUCCUCAGAGCUAAAUCCCACAGCUGGCCGUUUCUACCCGCCAAAGAAGCAGCUGGAAAUUCGUCAAUAGCCAUUAACAGUGCUCGAACAUCGUGGAAUUCACCAUUCUUCAUAGACACAGCAUCCAGCCUUCCUUCCAGAGUGGAAGCUGCUCAUAAAGGAAGCUAUCCAUCAGAAAAGUCUAACGAGCUUCCAGGCUCGUUUGACCUCUAUCCAGAAAUACCAAAUCCGACCCAUGCCAGCACACUCCUUGCUGAAAAGACACAUACCCCAAUACCAUCGAGUUCCCAGGCUAGGUCUCCCUCUUAUGAGGCGCCAGGGUUUUUUGAGCUCGCUUCUCGACCACCCCGUUCAAGCUCGCUCGCUUACACGCAUCGACAUCUUCGUCAUCGUCCGGACUCUGAUGAUCUAAACCGCCAAUAUACUUUGAAAGAAGCGUUAGAACUGCCCCCUACGCAUAUAUAUGACACCGGUAAUGAUCACGGUCUGGAUUGCACAAUAGGCCGGGUCGUUCCACUCAGACUGGGCUUUUCAGAAGCAGAUGAGUCGCAUGGUACCGAAUCUGUCGAAGAUGGCACAAUCGAGCAUUACCAGCUGGCAAAUCGCUUCUAUCGCCAGGAGCCUUUCCAGAACACGAAUUCACAAGAGGCUUGUCGCCAAGGUGAGAAGGCUGGCGAACAUUCAGCAAGGAUUUUUUUCAAAAAGCUCAUCAGACCACUUGUCUGGUUAAAUUCUAUAGCUUCUAAAACCUCGGCCAGCCCCGAAGCGGAAAAGAAACCUAUCGACAUCAGUCCACCUUUUGAUCCUAGGAGAUUUGCAAGCAGCGUUGAGCCUCGUCACUUCAAUCAUUCGCAUCUACUAGGUCAGCCGCAAACACCGUUUGCCCCAAUGAGACGUCUGGAGGAAGAUUUGUGUCCAGUCGUACCGCCAAAGCCUAGAAGGCUCUCCGUCACUGAGUCUUUUGGUCCCUCACUAGCCGAGAACAUAGAAGAGGCGAUUUUGAACCACAAUCAGCGUAGUGUUACUACGUCACUUUGGUCAGAAACGGACUCAUUGCGCCCCUUUCUAUUAAGUCGAGGGUCCUCCUAUCCAAAUUGGAGGGUAACACAAAGCAAACGCUUCCGCGACCCCGAGAGUUAUGGGCUUCCCCGUCUCCGUGUAGAGAUUCCGUCUUCAGAAUAUCCUGCGUCCACUUACGCCUACCAUCCAUCGGGUCAAUCGCGAUCUCAUCUACCAGAACCAUCUAGUCUUUCAUCUGAAAAAUCCCCUGAAGUCGACUUAUCCCUCCGCGGCGGCUGUCUUCCUGCCUCCAGGAUCUACGAAUCUCCUCGACCGCGCAUCCGCCCCUCUCGCAAACCUGCUGACACCGCCCCUGUCCCUCCCGGCCUCUGGUAUCUCGCAAGCGGCCGUCCCGUGCUUAAGGACAAACCGGGCAAACCGUGCUACCAUGGGCAAUCCAAACGUAAGCAUCACUCCAAUCACCCUCAUGGUCAAGCAGGAGUCGAUAUCAGCCAUCAACCUAUUCCGAACGCCGAGCCAUCCCAGCCUCUGACGUUCGGAUACCUGAGAACUUGGAAGCAGAAUAGUCGACCUGCCCCUCGGCUGAACCCAAGGACUGGAGUGAUGGAGCCGGGUCAUAGAUCAUUCUGGCGGGAGUUCGCGUACAGUGCUAGUAGGGGAAACUGGGCGUCUGGAAGGCCACGACGCCGGCAGGGCUUCGGUAGAGACCGCUAUGGGCAUAGUCAUGGGCAAGGGAUGGGGAUGGAUGGUGGUUAA